CGUUUUAACCUACAAUAAUUUGGAUGUAUAUAAUUAAACAGUACCAAGUAUAAAUUGGAAUUGAAGGAAAAAUGACGGAAACUCAACAAAAAACGAAGUGUAUUACAUUAAAAGGAUCUGCGGAAUUAGUAACACAAUAUUUACUUUAUGGAAUCAACAGUAUACUUUAUCAAAGAGGAAUAUAUCCUCCAGAAACAUUUGAGCCAGCGGAACAGUUUGGUUUAUUUUUCUUAAUGUCAACUGAUGAGAAAAUUAAAUCAUUCUUAGACACCGUAUUAGGUCAGAUUCAAGAAUGGCUAGUACAACGGAAAGUUCAAAAAAUAACUUUAGUUAUAACAAAUGUUAAUACGAAGGAAGUUUUAGAGAAAUGGGAUUUUAGAGUUGAUUAUGAAGGUCAAGUAUCAAAAAGUACAAGCAAUAGUAGUAGCACGGCAGAAUUGCCUGAAGUUGGUACAAAGGAUGUAAAAACUAUACAGAAAGAGAUUCGAGAAGUUAUACGUCAGAUUACAGGUACUGUAAGUUUCCUACCAUUGUUGGAUUGUUUAUGUUCCUUCGACAUACUAACUUAUACUGUACCAGACUGUAAUAUUCCGAAAGAGUGGGACGAAACACAACCAGUAUUCAUAGCUAACAGUCAGGAAGUACAAUUGAGAUCAUUUUCAACAUCAAUUCAUAAAAUGGAUACUAUUGUUAGCUAUAGAAAUAUUUGAAUAAUGAUGAUAAACAAAUAAUUAAAAAAAUGUACAUAGAUUUUUUGAAAAACAAUAUUCAACAAUGAAUUUAGACAUAUAUCUUGACUAAUUUUGAUGAGUAAGGUUUAAGUUAGGCAAGAAUAUCUUUUCAAAUUGGUAAAUGUGUUUUAAUCAACUGUCAAGGCUAGUUAGUCAAAUUUAAAAAUAUAUGGAAAAAGAAUAGCGCAUGGAAUUCAUACAUGACUGAAGUGAAACUUUAUAAGAUUUUUAUGCUGGUAACUGUAUUGAAUUAUUA